AUGCAAAAUGAUAACCGAGUAAGUAGCAUUCAAAGAGAUAAAUAUAUUCGUUUACCACCUGAUGAAACAAAAGGGGAACGUGCUGUUUCCAUACCAAAAGACAAAUCUGGAAGCUCCACCUUUAGGAGAUUUUUACUUAUUGACAGCCAAGGUCUGCCUUAUACUGUGGUUGUAGACAUUGCACAUGUUGAUGUCUCAAAGUCUGCAGCACCAAGAAAGGUCUAUAAAUGUCCAGUGUGUUUUCGGAUAUUUGAGUAUCUCUCCUACCUCCAAAGACACAGCAUUGCCCAUUCCCAGCAGAAACCACACGUAUGCAAGAUUUGUGGCAAAGCUUUUAAGAGGACAUCACAUCUUACACGUCAUAAGUAUACUCAUUUUGGUGGGAAACCUUGCCAAUGCCAAAUUUGCCAUCGCAGGUUUCGGGACAUUGGUGAGCUGACACGUCAUCAGCAGAGCCAUACUGGGGAACGACCUCACCAAUGUGAAGUCUGCCACAUGCGUUUUGGAGAACGCAGCACUUUGCAGCGUCACAUGCUUGCAAAACAUUAG